CCCUUCCCCUGCUCCGGCAGCUUCGGCCGGCCCCGGCUCGCUCCAGUGCGCGUCAGCGGCGCGGCCGGGCUGCAGCCUCCGAAAAAUGGAGAUGGCCACUCCUGCCACGUCCAAGUGCAUCAUGUACUGGAAGAGGAAAGUCAAGUCUGAGUACAUGCGGCUGCGGCAGCUCAAGAGGUUCCAGGCGAACAUGGGAGCCAAGGCUCUGUUUGUGGCCAACUUUGCAAAGGUUCACGAAAAGACUCAAAUUCUGAAUGAAGACUGGAAGAAGCUUCGAGUCCAGCCAGUGCAACUGAUGAAGCCAGUCAGCGGGCACCCAUUCCUGAAGCAGUGUACUGUGGAGAGCAUUUUCCCGGGGUUCCCAAGCCAGACACUGUACAUGAGGACUCUGAACACAGUGGCACUGGUGCCCAUUAUGUACUCCUGGUCCCCCCUCCAGCAGAACUUCAUGGUGGAGGAUGAGACUGUCCUGUGCAAUAUUCCUUACAUGGGGGAUGAGGUGAAGGAAGAAGAUGAAACUUUCAUUGAAGAACUUAUUAACAACUAUGAUGGGAAAGUGCAUGGAGAGGAAGAAAUGAUUUCAGGGUCAGUCCUCAUCAGUGAUGCUGUGUUCCUGGAGCUGGUGAAUGCCCUGAAUCAGUACUCAGAUGAGGAAGAGGAAGGACACAAUGAUUCUGAGGUUAAACAAGAGGAUGGAAAAGAGGAGCUGCCAAUCACAAGAAAAAGGAAGAGAACUGCAGUGGAAGGUACCAAGAAGUGCUCCAAGAAGCGUUUUCCCAACGACAUGAUUUUCACUGCCAUCUCCUCCAUGUUCCCCGAGUAUGGCUUCCCCGACGACAUGAAGGAGAGGUACCGGGAGCUCACGGAGGUGUCGGACCCCAACGUGCUGCCACCGCAGUGCACGCCCAACAUCGACGGGCCCUGCGCCAAGUCAGUGCAGCGGGAGCAGUCCCUGCACUCCUUCCACACCCUCUUUUGCCGCCGCUGCUUCAAGUACGACUGCUUCCUGCACCCUUUUCAUGCCACUCCUAACGUGUACAAACGAAAGAACAGAGAGACCAAGAUCGAGCCUGAUCCAUGCGGCGCCGACUGCUUCCUCUGGCUGGAAGGGGCCAAGGAGUUUGCUGCACUGCACAACCCCCGGUCCAAGUGCUCCGGCCGGCGCCGCCGGAGGCACCACGUGGUGGGCACUUCGUGCUCCAGCGCCCCUGCCUCCACCGUGGCGGAGACGAGGGAGGGCGACAGCGACCGCGACACGGGCAACGAGUGGGCUUCGAGCUCCUCGGAGGCAAACUCCCGCUGCCAGACCCCCACCAAGCAGAAGCUGAUCCCAGCCUGCUCCCAGCUGUUUGCAGUGGAGACUCCACAGGAGCCAGUUGAGUGGACGGGAGCUGAGGAGUCUCUCUUCCGUGUCUUCCAUGGGACCUACUUCAACAACUUCUGCUCCAUUGCCAGGCUGCUGGGCACAAAGACCUGCAAGCAGGUCUUUCAGUUUGCCGUGAAAGAGUCACUCAUAACAAAGCUGCCAACAAAUGAGUUAAUGAACCCAUCCCAGAAGAAGAAAAGGAAACACAGGCUGUGGGCUGCACACUGCAGGAAGAUUCAGCUAAAGAAAGACAAUUCUCCUACCCAGGUGUACAACUACCAGCCCUGCGACCACCCUGAGCACCCCUGCGACAGCUCCUGCCCUUGCAUCAUGACCCAGAAUUUCUGUGAGAAGUUCUGCCAGUGCAACCCAGACUGUCAGAACCGCUUCCCGGGCUGCCGCUGCAAAACGCAGUGCAACACCAAGCAGUGCCCCUGCUACCUGGCAGUGCGCGAGUGCGACCCGGACCUCUGCCUGACCUGCGGUGCCUCAGAGCACUGGGACUGCAAAGUGGUGUCCUGCAAGAACUGCAGCAUCCAGCGAGGCCUCAAAAAGCAUCUGUUGUUGGCACCCUCGGAUGUUGCUGGCUGGGGCACCUUCAUCAAGGAAUCUGUGCAGAAGAAUGAGUUCAUCUCCGAGUACUGUGGUGAGCUGAUCUCUCAGGAUGAGGCUGACCGGCGAGGGAAGGUCUAUGACAAGUACAUGUCCAGCUUCCUCUUCAACCUCAACAAUGAUUUUGUUGUUGAUGCCACACGCAAAGGAAAUAAAAUUCGCUUUGCCAACCACUCAGUGAACCCCAACUGCUAUGCCAAAGUGGUGAUGGUGAACGGAGACCACCGGAUAGGGAUCUUUGCCAAGAGGGCCAUCCAGGCGGGAGAGGAGCUCUUCUUCGACUACAGGUACAGCCAGGCAGAUGCCCUGAAGUACGUUGGCAUAGAGAGGGAGACGGACAUCAUCUAGGCUCCAUGUGGGGCAGCUCAGUGUGCCUGGCUGCUGCACCUUGUUAGUGAUGCCACAUCUGCUUCACGCUGGCAUGACUGCUGCUGUCCUGUUGCUGUGUGUGUCACAAGUGCUGCUGUUGCUCCAGAUGCCCAGAGAGAGACCUGAGGCAGGAGUGUGAGUGGCUGCUGCCAGGGUGGCAGCUCUGCCAGCCCAGGGCUGAGCAAGCUCUGAAUUGCUGUACUGUGGGAAGUCUCUUGGGCUGGAGCCCAUGGACCAAGGUAGCUGGGGUUGGAGGGAAGCUGUGGUGCAGGAGAGAGAGCCAGCCACCAGUUCUAAGUUUCUUCCAGUUUCUGCUGAUUGCUGGAAGAACAAAAGUGAGGAACCACCUGCACCGAGACCGUGGGGCAUGGCUGGGGCAGAGGGGUGGUGGUCCCCUCCAGCCCUGUCCCCUGGCCUCAGGUGCCACCUCCUGCUGUCUGUUCCGUCCUGUUGACAAGGAUGGUGAAAGGGUUAGAAGCCAUAGAGAAGUGGCUGCAGGGCCCCUUGGGCCCCAGGCUGCUGUCACUGAGGCCAUUUCCUCUCUGCCCCAGCUGGUUGGGGGAUGGAGAUGGCCUGACCAUGGUUGGCAUGGCCUGAUGCCUGCAGAGAGGGAGAGGAGCACUAUGCAAAAAGUCACUUUGGGUAGGGACACCACUGAGCUGAUUACAGACAGUGUUGUGGGGCACAAGAGUACAUGCAGGAACUCGAGUCUGAGGGGUUCCUUCCAGCCUCUGAUGUUUCUCAGGGCUGUGGGUGGCUGCUUGGCUGGUGGCUGUGCAGCUGUGUGGCCCUUCGGGGGCUGCCACCUAAAUGCUUCUGCCAGGCAGUUUUGGGGAUGCAGGAUCGGGACUCCCUGCUAGGGGCUGCCCAGAGCAGGAAACUGGUCUUGGCUACCUUCUUCUCCCUACCAGGCAAUAGCAGAGCUGGUCACUUUCAUCCUCCUCUGUCAGAACAGUCCCUUGUAGUGGGUACUGGGGAAUUCAGGAGCUAGCAAAGGGGGUAGCAGUAGGAUGAGAGUCUUUCCCGGCACAGGACCGUUCAGAUUCUACUGUGCUAGGCUUUGGACAGGGCACAGUGGAGCUGCUGCUGCCUGCGGGGACCCAGGAAAGGCUCCUCAGAAACCUGCCACAGGGGUUCUGACACUGGCCCUGGGGAUAAAGGGGUAGGGCUCUCUGGCAGGGUGAGCAUUCCAUGCUAAAAGAAAUAGAAGGAAGCACUUUAAAUGGAUCCUGCUUGGGCCAGCAGCUGGGCCCAGGGUGGUGUUGAGGGUGGGCAGCGUUUUGGGGCAUUGGACAGAGGUGUGAAGUGCCCAGACAGGUUGUCCUUGAAUGUAGAGAGGUGCUGGGUCUGCCAUGCCCCCGUGGCACAGUCCUGCGCCAUGCCUUUCCCAGCCCCCCAUCAUUGCUGCUGUCUGUGACUCCCUCCUGCGGCUUGGGAGUCUGCAGCAGUGCUUGUAAUAACCCCAACCUCUGCCUGAGCCCUGCUCCUUGGCACCUGGCUUGCCCCAGCCUGCUCUUAGCUCGGCAUCCUCUGCCACUUUGGCCAUAUCUGCACUAUGCCAGGCUUGUGUCUGUGGUUCGUUGAUGGUGAAAAUGCACUUUAUAAAUACCGUGGCUUGUAGCCUUCGUCAUAAUAAAGUGGUAGCAAACAUCUUCCCCCA